AUCCAGGAGCACUGUGGCCUCCCACGCAUCUCAGGACAGAGCCCUAAACUUGUUCUGCCAAAGAUCACGCCCUCAGUCCUGCCAGUGGGAAAUAGCCAGCGCUCCCUUCGACCUUCCAUAGCCCAUACUCCAGCCUCCUCCCUCAGACCCAGGAGUCUGGGUUCCCAAGCCCCUUCUGGACCUUUCUGCCUGUCGGGCACACUGAUGAGUCGCAACGUUUCUUGUCCCUGUUCUGGAAUCCCUCUUCCCUCACAUCCGAAAGUAUGGGCCCGCAACGCACUCCUCCCUCGGGCCCAGGAGUCCAAGCCUCUGCCUCUUUUUCUUCAAACGCAGGAAUUCAGGUCUCCAGCCCCCUCCUCCCUCACACCCAGGAGUUCGGGGCUCCAGUUUGAACUUUUCCCUCCCCUGAAUCCGACUCUGGCUGCUGCGUCAGGGAAAAAGUAAGCGACAGGUGGCACCUGCCCAUAGGGACGGGGCACGACCACCUGCCGCUGCUGCUCACCCUGAGCCCCUCUCCUGGCACCUGCUUCUGUCAGUCCUCCCGCCGCUGCCCCUUUCGACCCCGCAGCCCCAGGACGUGGAGGAGGAGCGAGCCGGGAACCCCGACUUCCGCCCCGCCCCAGGCCCUCCCAGUCCGCGCUCCCGCCCCUUCUCAAGAUGCCAGGAGGGGCUCCCGUCUCCCCCCGCCCCUCUCCAUCGCUCCCGACACGCCCCCAAAAGGGGGGUACGAGGCGGUCCCAGGCCGGUAGGGCGGAACCUGCCGCCUCCAGCCUUGACUGCGGGACUCAACCCGCUCCAGAGCACAGCUGAGCCGAGCCCACCUGUCCAGGUGCCCAUCCCAGCCUUGGCAAUGACCCUGGCGGCUUCCUCCCAGCGCUCCCAAAUCAUUCGCUCCAAGUUCCGAUCUGUCCUCCAGCUUCGGAUCCACAGACGCUACCAGGACACGAGCCUCUCAGGGUCCUUUGCUGCCUCUCCAUUCUCGGAUCCAGAUCCAUGGAUCUCAGCCGCAGACCCGGCUCUGGCUCCGGCCCCAGCCUCACCCUCGAGCCCAGCGCCUUUCCUCUUCAGCCCUGGGGUCCUUCUCCCUGAGCCAAAACACUACCCUUGGCGGUCCCUGAAGAAGGAGUCUCCCAAGAUCUCCCAACAUUGGAGGGAGCCCAAGCCCAAGAAGAACUUGACAUACCACCAGUACAUGCCCCCAGAGCCGAGACAAGGGUCCAGGGCAGACCCCCAGGCUGAAGGGUCGGCCUUGGGUCCCCCUGGACCACCUCCAUGGGAAUGGACAAACUCACAGCAGCCACCUCCUACGAUGAAGCUCAGUCCCCUCACUCCCUCCCCACCAGGAGUCCCCAGCCCCUCGCCCUCUCCACACAAGUUGGAACUUCAGACUCUCAAACUGGAGGAGCUGACGGUCUCAGAGCUCCGGCAGCAGCUGCGCCUGCGGGGCCUCCCAGUGUCUGGGACCAAGUCGAUGCUCCUGGAGCGCAUGCGCGGUGGCGCCCCGCCCCGCGAGCGGCCGAAGCCGCGGCGCGAGGAAGGUCCGGCGGGUGCUCCCUGGCCUCGCUUCAGGCGCAAGGCUUUGGGAGCCGCUGGGAGGCCGGGCUCGUUGAAGCCGAGUCAGACAUCUCACUCGCUGCCCCCUCCACGUGCCGCGGAAACACUUGUGACGGCUCCGGCUCCUGCUCCGGCUCCGGCUGCAUCGACGGCUCAGGCUCCAGCUCCAGCUCCAGCUCCAGUACCGAUUCCUUCUUCAGCAGCAGCCUCGACAGCCCUGACACUGGAGGAGGAGCUGCAGGAAGCGAUCCGCAGAGCGCAGUUGCUUCCGAACCGGGGCAUCAAUGACAUCCUGGAGGAUCAGGUGGAGCCUGAGGACAUGCUGCCCCCCAUUCCCCUGGACUUCCCCGGCUCCUUCGACUUGCUGUCCCCCUCCCCGGACUCUGAAGGCCUCUCAUCUGUCUUCUCUUCCUCGCUCCCAUCCCCCACGAACUCCCCGUCCCCCUCUCCCAGGGGCCCCACCGACUCCUUGGAUUGGCUGGAGGCUCUGAGUGGGGGUCCCCCACUGGGCUGUGGCCCCCCAGCCCCCAGCAUUUUCUCUGCUGACUUAUCUGAUUCCAGUGGCACCAGGCUGUGGGACCUGCUGGAGGAUCCAUGGUGAUGGAUUUUGGGGUUUCCAGGGACUGUGAACUGGUGGGGAUGGAGAGGCCACAGAGAUAGACUCCCUGAGGGAGGGGUUGGAACAACCAGCAGAAUCCCUCCCACCACAGACACAAAAUCAGAGACAACUCUCAUGCCCACCUGGCCCCUGCACUGCUGCUGACAUGCCAACCUCCUGGCUUCUGCCUUACCUCCAUGUGAUCCCCUCCAUGGUUGUGUGGUUGGGGGCAAAGAGGUUUCAUUUGCUGCUGACCAGGGCAAAACAAGCUGCUUGCUGCUCCCCUCAGAGAACUCUUGGAUGUUUCUGUUCCCACUUUCAUCCCCCCAUCCCACUGACUAGAUGGAUGCCUGUUGCUGGGGAGUCUGGAAGGUGGUCUGUGCUUUUUGGAUGCAGGAGAGGGACAGGGAAGAGUAGGGAGAGAGAAUAGUCUGCCAGACCCUUGGCUUCUGAUUGGAGAUGAGAAAAAUCAGAUGUGUCACAUCUGGGGUCAGAUUCUCUCGGAAGCAGAGUCUGAGACAAGGUUUGUGUAUCCAUGACUUGGGAAAGAAAUGCUCCCAGGAGAAACCAAUGAAGGAAUAGAUGAAACAGGACAGCGAUGGGGGAGAAGACUAGCUAGAAUGCGAUUUCAGGUGAAGUCCCAGCCUUAGCCUGAUCCCAUGGGGAGCUCUGCAGGAUAAAUUAAGUGGUAGAGUCUUUCCCACCUUGAGGCAAAGGGAACUGGGCCUUUGAGGCAAAGGGAGAUCUCUGUUUGGGUUUAUUAUUGCUGAAUAACAAACCGCCCCUAAAUUUAGAGUCUUAA